AUGGACAAGAACCUGAACCUAGCAUCACUUGCCCUCCUCAUCUUCUUCCUCUUCUGCUUCGAGCAAAAGGAAGCAUCACUUGAAAUCAAGCAAUUUGUGCCGUUUCAUGGUUCGCGCCACGGUGCAAGGUGUAGGUACAAGAUUGCGAAAUUGCUAAGAUCAUCCGGGCAUAGAGUCACUAUACUUGACUUGCCGGCUUCUGGUAUCGAGCCGCUUCAGGUUGUUAUUGUUCUCCCAUCACAAGCCAAGUCUCUGCAAUCGAUCUUCGAGUAUUUCAAGCCCCUGAGAGAUGUCAUGCAAGGUCUAGCUUCACACGAGAGAUUGAUCCUCGUCCAAGCAUGGGCGGGAUUUGACAUUGGCGAACAUGUUGAUCAAGCCACUGUGUUUGUUCAGCGACAAGGCAAAUAA